GGAGGCCAGGGAUCAUUGCUUUGUUGGUGAGGCGUGAAUGUGAAAAGCCUCUCUGCAGGCAGGGGGAGAGGAGUUCCCAGGACCCCAGGCAGGAUGUCUCAGGAGGAUGACAUGUGGAAGAAAGAGGUGCUGGGGGAUGAGCUGGCUGCCAUGAGGCUGAAGAAGCUGGAACAGCAGCGGCGGCUUCUUGAGAAGAAGCAGCGGCGGAAGCGCCAAGAGCCCCUCAUGGUUCUGGCCAAUUCCGACGCUUCCCUGCGGUCCCAGCGACCAUGGAGGAGGGAGGAGCGCCGCGCCGGUGACAGCGGCUUUGGGAACCCUUUCCAACAGAAUGUGCCAGAGGCACAUCUGCGCUCUGGUGUCCACGGUGCCCUGGGUAUGGUGAUCUGCGGUGGAGAUGGCAGCUGCGAGCGUGGCCCGCUGGCUUUGCCGACAGAAGCAGUCAGUUCCGAUCCCGACCUGGAGGAAAUGUCAGUGGAGAAUAUUCCAGCUUCUCCACCUCCUAACCAGGAGCCUCCAGGGCCUCGUCGCAGGUGUUGGUCAGCCUGCCAACAAUCUGGGGCCAGUGCACAGGAAGAGAGCAAAUCCCAGGAUGUUGGAAAUGAAUAUGAGGCACCCACACUAGGACCAGACCCUGGAAUGGAUGGUGACUGGGGAAGUGGAGACUUGGACUCUGAAAAGAAUGAAGAGGAAUCGGAGUCUGCAGUGAACUCCCCAGGAGCGGCCGAAGAGGAGGUGUCAGGGACCCCGGAAGGCGAGAGCGGCGCAGGCAGCAGUGGUGUAGAGUGCUCGUCCAGCUCUCCUUCCCGCGCCCCAGGCCCUCGACUGGGAGAAGACAUGGAAGCGUAUGUGCUGCGGCCGGCGCUGUACGGCCGCACAAUGCGGUGCCUCAUCACCCGCGACAGGCGCGGCAUAGACAAGGGCAUGUUCCCUUUCUUCUAUCUCUAUUUGGAGCUGGCCGACGGCCGGAAGCACUUCCUCCUGGCUGGGCGCAAGAGAAAAAGGAGCAAAACCUCUAAUUACCUCAUUUCCCUGGACCCCACAGACUUGUCUCGGGAUGGGGACAACUUUGUGGGCAAAGUCAGAUCUAAUGUCCUGGGCACCAAGUUCACCAUCUUUGACAAUGGGGUGAAUCCGGAAAGGAAUUUUCUCCUGGAGACCGCUCGGGUCAGAGAGGAGCUGGGGGUUGUGUGCUAUGAGAACAACGUUUCGGGAUUCCGAGGGCCCCGGAAAAUGACCGUGAUCAUUCCAGGACUCGAUGCCCAUAACCAGAGAAUCAGCGUGCAGCCACAAAACGAACAUGACUCCCUACUGAGUCGCCUCCAACGGGGAUCUAGCCAGGGACUGGUCCUGUUGCAAAACAAACUCCCGUCGUGGAGGUACGAGAGCGCUACCCACGGACUCACUUUUCACCGUCGGGUCACUCGGCCCUCGGUCAAGAACUUCCAGAUCGUGUACCGGGACUACCGUGAGCUCAGAAGACUCUGUUUACCUGGGCAGGGCUCUCACUACCUCGUGCUCCAGUUUGGCCGCGUGGCCCCAGACGUGUUCACCAUGGACUUCUGCUUCCCGCUUUCCCCCCUCCAAGCCUUUGCCAUCUGCUUGUCCCGCUUCGAUGGGAAGGUGUCAUGUUGAGUGAUCCAAUGAAAUACCAUAUAGCAUGUGAAUAAUCCAAUGAAAUAUCAUACCCUCAUCA